GCGAUUCUCAUCGAGCGCGACUCGGAGUCUUGAGGUUUCUAUCUCCGGAGAGUGUAUCGAGGGAAUCGGGAUCCUGUCACGAUCAGGUCGAACUUCCUACUUUCAGUCUUCACUGCUCCGUAUCGAGCAGUCCCGAGGGAAGAUGGUAGAAACACUUCGAGGUGCCGGUCACUGUGACAGGGUUCUGACGAGCCGUCGCAUCAUUUUCCCUCAGCUCACAGAAGAAACCGCGAGGGGAAAGCAUAUCAUGGUUCUGCACGACAGGGGCAGACGAGCCGAGAAAACUUUGAAGCAGAUCAUCAAGCACGACAUCCUCUGUGGAGGAUCAUACGAGCAUCUGGGGGGCAACGUUUACCUCGUCGACCGACCAAAAGAUGGUCAUAUCGAAUCCGUGAGCCUUGAUGUAGAGGGCUCCGAGAGUCGGGUCUUUUUCGUGGAAUGCAGCCCUGAGCACGAAAACCAUUGGGGUCGGUGCACCGCUGAUGGAUUUUCGUGCGGAAUCCUCGACAUGGACGUAUGGCAAAAAAUUCUGGAAGGUAGCGGACCGAACGACUUCACCGUGUCGCGCUCAUAUCACAUGGACUGCGAGCCGGACUGGACUCUCGAGAGCGAGCCGGAUCCGAUGUCUGAGGAACAGCAAGCCAUGCUCGAAUGUGGCCUCCCUCUGAACUUCGGCCAGAGCAGGGACUUCAGUAAAGUUUGCGACGAUGCCAUCCUGGUGGAAAGUUGCAUCGUGGAAAAAGACUACGAUAGGGAGCUGAACGACUUGAACUCAUCCACGGAGAGACUCACUGUCUCGGAAUCUCCGCCUCCCGAGGCUGACGAGGUAUCAGGGACGACGGGAUCCGACUUUCCGGGCACUGACCCUGCGCCGGGAAGUUUGUCCGAGGCGCAAUUCAGAGUUUUCUGGCUCCUCCAUGGUGAGCGACUCUGCACGGACUCUUGGCGCGCUAAAUACGGAACUUACAUGUCCGACGCGUCGGUGUUGGACCAAUCCGACUGCGCCGAUGAAGGGAUAUGUCGAGAUCUGAGUGCGAACAAUAGUUUCAGUCAAGAGGAUAAAGAUUCUCGGAGCGCAUUGAAUGCGCAUCCGCGAGCUGCAGCGGCGAAUGGGACAGAGCCCGAAAGCGACGAAGAAAGCAAUGCGAACGAUCACAGUGCGGCAUGGAGCAAGCUGUGGAGAGAGCACGCGUGGGAAGUGUAUCUUCAGCAGAUGAAUCGGUUGCUCAAAGAUGAAGUUCCCCUUCAUGCUUGCGCUGACGUCCAGGAGCAGCAGAACAUCUCCAUGGGCGCUGUCGGCGAGGAUGCCGAAGGUGCCGAAGCUGCGGGGCACAACGAGGAGGACCAGGCAGCAGACGGGGAGAGCUCGUUUCCCGGGAAACGGAGCCUCUCAUUGAAUGACUUCGGCCUUGUGACUGACGGAGAAAGUUGCAGCAUCGAUAAUCGUCUAAUAAAGAACCAUAAGCUCAAGAAGAUCAAAAAAGAAAGCCACAACCACAAGCGCCUCCCGCUGACGACGAGUGCGGACGCGCUCGAAGAUGCUCCGAAAGACGCUCGUCUCGCCAAGUACUGGGCUCAGCGUUAUAGACUAUUUCGGAAAUUCGACGACGGCAUACGUCUGAAUGAAACUGCCUGGUUCAGUGUCACACCGGAGAAGAUAGCCGAGCACGUCGCCGCCCGAAUGUGUCCGAAAAGUCAGAGAAAAUCGAAUUUUGUGAUCGACGCCUUCUGCGGCGUUGGUGGCGACGCCGUUCAGUUGGGUCUGAGAUCCCAACUCGUCCUCGCGAUAGAUAUCGAUCGAGAAACGAUCGAGAUGGCGAAACACAACGCGGCGAUUUACGGAGUUGAGAAGAGAUUGGAUUUCAUCCAGGCGGAUAUGAACACCUUCGUACCUCGGAUAUCACCUGACGCCGUACUAUUCACCCCGCCGUGGGGAGGUCCGGAGUACAAGGACAAAGAUGCUUACGAUCUUUCGGAUAUGGAAGUUGAUCUGGUCAAGAUUUUUCGAAGGUGGCAGCAGGUUACGCCCAACAUCGCGCUGAUAGUGCCGCGGAACACCAAAGUAGAAAAACUUUGUGAAUUAGGACGGGUGGAGCUGGAACAGAAUUUACUGAACAAAAAAAUCAAAACGCUCACGGCUUAUUACGGGGACCUCAUUUGUAAAUGAUGCUAUAACCUGUCGUUCAUGUUGUAUAAAUGCUCCUACGAUGAGUGAAUCAACAGUUCGCUCAUGCUUCUCAA